AUGGAAAUGGUCUAUCGCGAUUUUGGAGACGAUCUAGACGUUGCGGCGUUAUACGCGGAGUCACUGAUCAACCUGACUCCUUGGAAGCUCUGGAAUCUGGUGACUGGCGAGCCUAAUCCGGGGACACGUACCCUAGAUGCCAAAAAGGUGCUGGAAACAGCCCUGAAGCACAAAGAUGCUUAUGAGCAUCCUGGUGUUCUGCAUAUGUAUAUUCAUCUCAUAGAGAUGUCUCACACUCCAGAGCUUGGCCUCAUUCCGGCCGAACACCUGCGAGACCUGAUUCCAGAUUCCGGGCACCUGCGCCAUAUGCUUCCCAUCUGGAUAUAUUAUGCAGACGAGAAGUUCAUAGGGCACGAGGGCACAUUCAACUUCUAUACAAUUUACCGUAUGCACAACUACCACUCGCUCAUUUAUGCAGCGAUGUUUGCCGGCCAAAAAGCGGUUUCACUCACCGCUGUUGACCGCCUGGAAGCUACCCUUCCAAAGGAGCUCCUUAACGGAAUUGCUGACAUUCUCGAAGUGUUCAUGUCCGUGCGCUGGCACGUUAUGGUCCGUUUUGGCAUGUGGAACGAGAUUAUCCAGCGCCCACUCCCCGACGACACAGACCUAUUCUGUGUCACUACGGCUCUCGCAUAUUACGCUAAGGGCGUCGCGUAUGCCGCAAGUGAGAAAAUUGCCGACGCUGAGUGCCAGCGAGACUUGUAUCGCGAGGCAGCAAAGCGCGUCCCAGAGUCACGGCUGGAUUACCCGAAUAAAUGCGUCGACAUUCUGGGUGUGGCGUCCGCCAUGCUGGAUGGCGAGAUCGAGUACCGACGCGGAAACUACCACCAGGCAUUUGAGCACCUUCGCCGGUCUAUUGAGUUGGAUGAUGGGUUAGGAUAUAGUGAGCCGUGGAGUUGGAUGCAACCAGCCCGUCAUGCUUACGCUGCUCUCUUGCUAGAGCAGGGUCACGUCGAGGAUGCGGUAGAUGUGUACCGCGCUGAUCUAGGACUUGAUGGCACUGUGAUUCGUGCUCGCCAGCACCCGAAUAAUGUGUGGGCUUUGCAAGGGUACUAUGAGUGUUUGAUGCGCUUAGGUCGGUCGACCGAAGCACGGGUAAUCGAGCCGCUGUUGAAGGUGGCUCUUGCGAUAGCUGAUGUCCCUGUGAAGUCGUCGUGUUUUUGUCGGACUGAUCUUUGGCAGGCCCCAUCUAACAUAGAGCGUGUUAAUGGGUAUGUGGAGGUGGACUUUGGGUUCUAA